ACAAGGAGUAACCAUGAGACUUGUGGUAUGUCUGCUAUUGGCUUUCGUUGAGCUCGUAUUGGCCAAAAAUACAUACAUUGUAACUGUACCAAAACGGAUAAGAGCUGGAUCAUCCGCUAGAAUUUGUUUAUCAGCUUUAAAAAGAAGCGAUAGACAAGUGACAAUCUUCGUAACAAUACUAGACAAACAAAACGGAACAAUAGCUACAGCCCAGGCACAACGAAAUUUACGUCGGGGAUAUGGAGUUGUUAAUAUAAAUGUACCAGGAAAUACCACCGCAGGAUUUGAUUAUAAGAUAAGAGUGAGCGUUAUUGGGGAUAUUACAUUUGACCAAACUGCUAUAAGAAUCCAAGUUUCAAGCAGAGCGUCAUCUAUUUUUAUCCAGACUGACAAAGCCGUUUACAAACCAGGAGAUUUGGUUCAGUUUAGGGUGUUUGGUACUAAUACAAGAUUAAAAGUUCUCACAGAUCCUAUGACAAUUUAUAUACAGGAUCCCAAAAGAAAUAGAGUAAAACAAUUUCUGAAUGUUCGCCCAGCGUUUGGUGUAUUUGCCGGGACAUUCCAAUUAUCUACCUUGACAAAUCUGGGACGCUGGACAAUCAGAGUGGAGCAAAAGAGAGAAAAGAACUCAAAAGGUUUUGAUGUGGAACGGGUUGUUCUACCUAAAUUUGAAGUCAACGUUGUAUUGCCUCCAUUUGAAUUGAAAACAGAUAGAUUUUUCACAGUUACUAUCAAUGCACUGUACACUUUUGGGAAGCCAGUACAAGGAGAUGCAGAGUUGACUAUUAAACGUCGAUGGACAAGAAAUACUAAAGAUCAGAUUGUGAAGAAAUUCAAGAUAAAUGGAAAAGCUACAAUUCGAGUUUUGAUGAGUGAAAUUGAACCAAAACUGGGAACUUACAUAGAAGUUACAGCUAAAGUAACGGAAACAAUUACAGGCAUCUCAGCAAAUGAUACAGGAAAUGUCCAAAUUUAUGACACACCAGAAAAACUUACGUUUUCCUCAAGUAUGUCAAGCUUUUUCAAACCUGGAUUGGACUAUUCAAUAAUAUUAAGAGCUACACAGCGAGAUGACAGUCCAUUAAACCCACCAUUGGGCUUUGUAAACAUCACGGUAACGUAUACAGUGCCUGGUGAAAGGAAACCACAAAUUGGGCUGUCUUCACCUGGUAGUAAUCAAAUUAUGCCGCUCCUAUUUCCACAAUCAAUCAACGCAGACACAAACGUAUUGUGGACACGUUUGGAACAAAUCCCUGAAUCAGGACUAAUUGUACUUUCAGCUAGAUUCCCUAAAGCGGCACAGUCUGGUAGAAUAGAGGCUUUUUAUCGCAAAUCGAGAGCAUCCAGAUUUUUGUCGCAAGCAGAAUCCCCAAGCAGAAACUACAUACAAGUUGAAGUUAAACAUAACCAAAAAGCUAAGCCUGGUCAGAAAUUAGCAUUGGUUAUAAAAGUUACAGAAAUGAUCCGCUUCUGCAAUUACAAAGUUUUUUCAAAAGGAUCACUUGUAACUCAAGGGCAAUUUAGGAUGAGAAAUAGAAAGCAGCAAGACCAGAAUCUAAAAAUCACAUACGCAAUGAUUCCUCAAGCAAAGUUACUGAUUUACUAUGUUAGACGACAAAACGGUGAAGUUGUAGCUGAUGCCAUUUCAUUUCCUAUUGAGGACAUAUUCAAUAAUAAAGUGUCUAUUAACUUCAACACAAAACGAGCUAAGCCAGGUGAUGAAGUUCAAGUUGAAUUGACGGCGGAUCCAAACUCAUUAGUCAAUGUUCUUGCUGUUGAUAAGAGUGUCCUAUUACUGAAAUCAGGAAAUGAUAUAACUACACAAAAUGUAUUGAAUGAACUUCAAAGAUAUAAUAACUCGGGAUUCUUUUCAAGAAGUAGUUGGGAUUUUUGGUUGCCAAGACCUGUUUACGGCAGGGAUGCAUUCUCGAUUUUCAAUGGAGCUGGUGUUUAUGUGUUGACAGAUGCGCUGCUUUAUCAGUACAUUCCCCCACCAGGACCCGGUGAUUUUUUUUCUAACGGACGUCUAGGACCACCUGGACAAGCAGGACGACUAGGAGCCGCUGGAGGCGGCAGUCUUGCAGUUCCAACACGAACACGGAAGAACUUUCCAGAAACAUGGUUAUGGGUAAACAGCACUACAGGUUCGGAUGGAACCGCAACAAUAAGAACGACAGCUCCUGACACAAUAACAGAAUGGAUUGCAUCAGCAUUUGCUGUUAAUCCCAUGUCGGGUCUCGGUGUUGCGGCAAAUACUGCUAAUUUAACAACUUUCCAAAGGUUUUUCAUGCGUUUUGAACUUCCAUUUUCUGCCAUACGAGGUGAAAUUAUUAUAGUCCAAAUCACAGUUUUCAAUUACUUAGACCAAGAUCAACAGGUUUCUGUGAAGCUUGCUAACAAUGUAAACUUUACCUUUGUUGAUGCAAACGGAAACGACUUCAAUCCAGGCCCAGACGGAUGGACAAAGUCUGUGUUUGUGAUGGGAAACAGUGUUGAGUCUGUGUACUUUCCUCUUAAACCAACUGCUCUUGGUAAAAUACUUUUGGACGGAACCGCAAGAUCUACUAUAGGUGCCGAUGCUGUACAGCGUGAUUUCCUGAUAGAGGCAGAAGGUAUAAAACAAAACUACAACGUUCCAUUACUUAUUGACCUCCGACAAGGAGGAAGGUUUAGAGAGACCAUUCCUUUGUCUUUCCCGCCAAAUCUUGUUGAAGAUUCAGAAUUUAUCAAAAUCCAAGUGAUUGGUGACCUAUUAGGGUCAACACUAGCGGGACUGGAGGAUCUUCUUCAGAUUUCAUACGGUUGUGGAGAACAAAAUAUGAUUAGAUUUGCUCCAAAUGUUUACGUCAGCUCAUACCUGAGAACAACAAACAGACUUACGAAUGAUGUAAUAAAUAGAGUUAAAAGCAUUUUAGAGGGAGGUUACCAAAGAGAACUUUCAUAUGUUCAUGACGAUGGAUCUUUCAGCGCUUUUGGAAAUAACGAUAAAAGUGGAACUACCUGGUUGACUGCUUUUGUGAUCAAAUCAUUUUCACAAGCUGUAAGUUUUACCUAUAUUGACAUCAACGUCAUAUCAAAGGCUGUUCAAUGGAUUAUAAAGCAACAAGAAACAUCCGGUGCCUUUAAUGAACCAGGAAUUGUUCUUCAUAAAGAAAUGCAGGGUGGAUCUGUGUCUAGUAAAAGGAGUCUGACUGCAUUUGUACUCAUUGCACUUCUUGAAGCACGAGAUAAUAAACAAGUGUCCACAGCGGUACAGAUGAAUGUAACUAAAGCUAUAGAUAAUGCAGUAGGAUUUGUAGCAAAUGGUGCACCUGCGUCAUUUGCUAAUUUAUAUGAACUUGCUAUAUCAUUCUAUGCCUUAUCGUUAGCAAAACAUCCUUUAGCAGGCGCAAUUUUGGCUGAACUUGAGAAAAAGGCAAAAGUCAAUGGCGGUGAAAAAUACUGGACAUUACCUGAAACGGAAGCAGACAAACUACAACCUUGGAAAUCUUGGACACCACCACAAACUAAAGUCAGAGCUAUAGAUGUCGAAAUGACCUCUUAUAUACUGUUAGGAUACAAUCUGAAAGACGACACAGACAACGGCAUUCGAAUAAUGAAAUGGUUAGGUAGACAGAGAAAUCCACGAGGAGGGUUCAUUUCUACACAGGACACAGUGAUAGCAAUUCAAGGACUGUCAGGGUUAGGAGAAAAGAUUUACGUUCCUAAUUUUCAAAUGACUGUAAAAACUGUUAGUGACACAUGGCCUCAAGGAAAAACGUUCAACGUGAACAAUAGGAAUGCAUUGGUACUACAAAUAGAAGAUAUUCCAAAUACAGUACGAAGUGUAUCAGUGAGUGCUAAUGGACGAGGGCUUUGCUUAAUGGAGGUUGCAGUUUUUUUUAAUGUCAACAAUGACUUACGAGAGCCAGCAUUCGCUAUGACAACAAUAGUACUCAAUGAUUCAACAAAAGGAUUCAGACUAAGAGUUUGCUUCAGUUGGUUAAGGGGAGGACAGAGUACAAUGGGAAUACUAGAAAUAUCUUUACCAUCUGGAAUGGAAGCUGACUUAAACUCUAUUGAUACAACCAAUACUGGGGGGCAAUACAAAAAAGUGGAGAAGGCUUUCCGUCAAAUUAAUUUAUAUUUUGAUGCGAUUCUGUCAGAGCAAAUGUGCAUUGAAGUAGACAUAAAAAGAGUUGCCCUGGUUGCUCGACAUAAACCUGUUUGGGUCAAAUUGAGGGAGUACUAUGAACCAAGUAAUGAAGUAAUUAAGUUUUACCAAUCUAAAGCUCUUGCCAAUGCUACCAUUAUCGAAGUCUGUGGUCCGAACAAUUGUGAAGAAGUAAAGAGACGGUAAUCCUGAAAUACGAGAAUAUGAAAUUAUUUCCUAACUAAUGAUAGAUGAAUAACUAUUCUUUUUCAAUUACAAAUAGACACUGGGUUUAAUCAGAUAUCUUAUGGCAUGUACUAUUGGCAUACAUACAAGUUUAACUUGUA